UUAUGCGUCGCGCUACUGUGCGUGAUAAGAGAAUGUGUUGUAUUGUGUUUUGUGCACGAGCCGUGUAAACAAACCGAUCGUUGGUGGGAUAGACGCCGCCGACGAGAUAAGGACGGCGCCGUAAUAUUGUUGUUACUAAUUCCUUUAAUAAUACCUAUUCCUACCGAUUCAUACCUACCUACCUGUGCGGCCCGCGUCGUGUUCCGUCGAAUCGUCGAGACUCCCGCGCGUGUGGCGACCUCGGGGACCUUCUCGGAGCGGUCAGGGUAGAGUCGGCAGCAAGGCGUUCGUUAAUAAUUACCAGCGGUCGACCGGCAGUCCGUACGAAACCUUUCGCCCACUCUCGUUCAUCGGUGCCGCUAGGUCGUUUCAGUUUUUUUUCGCGGUUACUCGAUACUGCGUUUUGUUCUGUCCCGGCGGUAAUUUCCGCGGCGGCGUCCGUCGCGAAACGGAUAGAAGGGUAGGAGAGACGGCCUUACACCGAACGGUCAUCGAUUAUUCAUAAUAAUAUUGUACUUACUGCAUACUUACGUAUACCGACAAUAGAGGUUACUUCCAUGUACCUAUUAUAAUACCUACGCAAAGUUAUUUCUUCGUAUCGUCUAAUAACUACCUCAUUGGUAAGUUUCUAUUAUUUAGUAGCUUUUCAUAUUUACAUUUUGUUGUCCUGUCCCCAACAUCGUUCACCCCUACCCCGCUACCUUCCUCCCCCUUCGCCGCUGUGACCGUACCGUGAUAAUGUUUUUCAUUGUUUGAUAGAUACUUACUUAGGUACUAUACCUACCUGCACUUGUAUUAUAAUUAUACUUAAUACCUUUAUAUUUGUUUGCCCCCACGGCAGAUUGUUGUUUUCACAGCAUCAACAGAACUGGAUUGCUGUUGUUUACGACCCCGGUCUGAAAAUACCAUGAUGAGGUUUGGAAGCAAGAGUUCGGCUAACGUGCCGAUCAAGUGUACUGUCCGUCUAUUAGACGACACUCAGUUAUUGGAUAGCGAGUUUCAGGUACAUAUAUUUUUAAUUAGUGUCUAAUAGACUUUAAUUUAAAUAGUUGAUUUGUUAAUAUUUAAUAUUUCAUCUAAAUUAUUUUAAUGUGAAUUUUUCCAGAGAUUUUGUCCUAUGAAUACUUGGGUCAGUUUAUUUUUUUUAAUCUAUUGAGAUUAUUAAAUAUUUUAAUAUAGUAUAGGUAGUAUAUACCUAGAAAUAUUUUUAUGAUAUUUUACCCUAAUAUUGUUCAUAUUGAUUCAAUUAUAAUUGCCAACUUAUUACAAUUUUUGUAAAUUUAAUUGCUUGCAUGUAUUAUUUUUUUGACAAGCAAAUACAGCAAAAAUUUGUUAUUGUAUUUCCAAUAAUAUAACCAUAUUAUUGAGCGGUUUUGAUGAAAAAACACUAAUUUUCAAAACUAUAAUUAAGAAAUUUGUGAAAUAUUUGAUUUUUGGUAUUUUCUAAAUUAUGUGUUUUAUUUUUUAUAUAAAACAUUUAAUAAGACAAAUAUUUAAUAAAAAUAUCAAAAAUCAGUUCCCAUACAAACAUAGAUUAACUUAUAAUUUAAUUUUGUUAAUAGAUAAGUGUAAUUUUGUCAAAACUACUCAAAUAAUAUUAUUAUUAGAAAUUAAAAACAAACUUUGGCUAUAUUGCUUGAUAAACAGAGAUGCUAAAUGCAUAUUGUUAAUUUACCUAGGUAAUUUUAUUUAGGUACCUAACUAAGCUUUUUUACAAUUGCACACACAUUUAAUAAAUCAAUUAUAUCUGAUCAUCUGAAUUAUUUUAUUACCUAGGUACUAAUACGUCAUAAUUGAAAUACUUUAGUCAAAUUAUAUAUUAUAGGUAAUAAUUAUUUCUUAGGUACUUAAUGAUCAAAUAAUUUAUAUAAAUAUAAUAAUUAAUACAAUUCAUUUUUGUACCUGUUAAUAAUACUGAGUCAAUUUAAUUUAUGGACCAAUGUGACCUUUCGAGUGAUUGACUGAUAAAAAGUUAAAUAUUUAACCAACAUUUAAAUAUAUAUUUCACAAAUAUAGGUACAUUUUAUUUGUGAAUAUUAUUUUAUAGUACUAGUUUAUGUUUUGGUUUUUUUUCAAAAGAUAUGUUAAAAUUUAAACAAAGUAUUAAACAAACUAAAUAACUACAUUUUACUAAUUUAAAUAAAAUAUUUGAGUACUUACUGAAUAUUUGUUCACCUAUAUACAACUGUUAUAUAAUGCAUUUAUAUUUAAUAUGGGGUUAUAAGUAUAACUUAAGACACAUAUUAUAUUAUACUUAUCUGUGGUAAGACACGGAAAUUAUUAACUUUUUUUUUAUAACGUUUAAGAAAUAAGUAGCUCUAAAAGAGUAGUUUUCAGCCUUUUUAAUAAUGCACAUCACACUUUAACUCCUACAAAAUUUUUACAGCACACCAAUCUAUAAAUAAUAUAUAAAAAGUAUUUACCUAAACAUUAUAUAAUAUAAAAUAUGAUAACUUACAGUUUACAGUCUAUUCAAUACUACUAAAAAAUUAAUUGUAAAGUAAAUUAAUGCAAUGAUGAAAAGAUGUGUUAGCAAACAUAUGUAUUUUAUCUAUAAUAAAAUUAAAAUCUUAUUAUGUUUGUUAUUUAUCAGUUGUCACUGAUUGUCAAUAAUAGUACUUGUAAAUAGACAUCUAUAAAACUGAUUGAAAUUAAUAUUAUCAAUCUAUUUCAUGUGGCACACUUCAAGGAUGCUCACAGCACACUGGUUGAAAACCACUGCUCGAAAAUGUUGUAUUGUUCACUUUAUUUUAGGGAGUGAAACCAUUACCUACUUUUGAUUUACAAUUGGCAACCUAUACUAAAAAUGUCAUAAAUUGAGUAUUAGUAUAUACUGUUCAAUUGUGGUCAAUCAUUUUAUCAUGGCAAGACAUGUGUUGUUUUAAUAGUGUUUUACUACUUUUACCGAAAAUUAAAAUAGGAAUAUCUCGUUAACGGGUUGACGGAAAUUAGAAGUUUCAAGAUCAACAUUUAUUUAAACUAAUACUAUAUUUAUUUAUGGAAUUUUUAAUAUAGGUUGUCUUGCAAAAAUCAAAAGUAGGUAGUGGUUAUGCUCCUUGAAAUAAAAGUGAUAAAAAAUAACCGUAGUGUAACAUUUUUAGUGCUACUUAUUUCCUAAAUGAUCUAAAAAGCAAGUUAUGAAAAAAAUGAAUACCUAAUUUCCAAGAUAAUGAGUAGGUAUCUUACGUUACAUUGAUUAUUCUGUAUGAGGACUUACAUAAUAUGCACCUAACAAAACACCAUAAAUAAUGAUUUAUCAUUUAACUUACUUAAACUAUAAAGUUUUUUUUAUCAAUUAUACUUUUUAGUAGCACAAUUAAAAUAUCUAUUUCUAUAAAUAAUAUUUCAUAUAGAAAUAGUAUUGUUGAUUAUUUAUUUGAUUAUGUUGUACCUAUAUAGUAUUAUAGAUAUUAUUAUUUUAUUGCUUAAAUAUCUAAUCAACAUUUAAUGAUUAGGUGAUCAUUAAACUUUAUUUUGUUAUUCAAUUUGUGUUGAAAAAAAAAUAAACACAUGAGCUUACCUAAUGGUUUAGUAAUGUUAAAUGAUUUAUUAUAAUUAUGUUAUGAUGAUUACACCAUUAAAAUAGUUGUAUUUAUUAAUUUUAAAAUUAAUAUGAUUUUACAGAUAUGCAUGUAUACAUCAUGUUUAAAAUGUUUGAGAAAUUAAUAAAUAGUCAAGGUUUUGAAAAUCAUAAUGUAUUACAAUUUGUUUAGUAAAUUGUGAAUAAUAUAAUAAACCUUCAUAUGUGAAUAAACAAAUAGCAAUCAAAGUUCUGUUACGUUACUAGUAUACCUAAUAAUAAACAUCACUUAUUUUAUUAAUCAUACUAUACCUGAUCUUAUAUAACCUUUUUACAUUACCUACUUAGAAAUACAAAUAUCAAUGGUAUUGUGAAUAGCAACAUAAUUAUGUUGCGUUGUAAUAAUAGUAAACAUAAGUUGCAAAAAAUGAUCCCUAAUUAUUUCCUAUAUUACAUUUAUUCUACAUUAUGACAUAGACAAUUAUUAUAUUUUGGGUAAAAGAAUAUUAACAUUUAAACAAAAAUUUGAACUUUGAAUAAUUAAUCAUUACAACAUUAAUGUAUUUUUUUUUUAUAUAACAAAGUUAAAUUUAUUAUGUACCUACCUUGUAUCGAGUAUUUUUGAGAAAUAAUAGAAUUUAAUCUACAGCUAAAAUACCAAAAUUACAAAAACAAAAUUAGACAAUUUCAAAUAACUGUAUAAGGUGUUGAACAUAACAUAAGAUCAUUAGUAAUUAUCCCAGAAUGUCAUAACAUUUGUCGGAAUUUGUUUAUUAGAACAUUUAAGAUACCAACAACUUCAAAAUGUUACAUUGUCAUUAUGUUAUUUAUUACCCUUAUUUUUGAUGUGUAACCCAUAAUCACUUGAUUUUAAAAUAGCAACCUAUACUAAAAGUGGCAUAAAUAAGUUUUUGUGUCAAUCCCUUGAUGAGAUUUAUAAUUCCACUUUUAAUUAUACUAUUUUGUAGAAGCAAGUGUAGUGGAGUAUUAUUUAAAUACCGCAGAUAUUAAGUACCGCACUACAAAACAACCUAUGUUCCACUACCCUCAUUCUAUCAGAAUUUUAAAGUUAAAUAUCACAUUAACAGAUGGUAAAUUAAAAAUGCCAACACAAUAUGUAUUUAUAAAUCAAAAGCAAAUAGUGGUUUCAACCCUUAAAACAAGGGCGACACAAACAAAUAACUGCAAUGUAACAUUUUAGACCUGUUUGUUUCUUAAAUGUUUUAAAAAUCAAAUUUCAGAUAUAGUUCAUACACACUAUUCUGGUAUAGUGAGUAUUAGAUUAUGUUAAUCACUCUGUAUAAUUAGAUAUACAACUCCAAAAAUAUUUUGAAAAUGUCUAAUCUGAUUAUUAAAAAAAAAAAAAAAAAUGUAUUCAUAUAAAUAUUUUAUAUUUAUAAAAUAUAUGUGUAGUAAUAGUGUUUCUCAAAAUAUCUUGAAAGCAAAAAUUAUGAUUUUUAAUGGAAACACUUACACAAAUUAACACGUUUUCUGAUAUUUUUUUGAAUUAUCUCAUUAUAAAAAAAAGGUUAAAGUAAAAUUAAAAUAUCUCCCAAUAAACCAACUAAAUAAACUUUGGUACUAGAAAUCAUGCCGGAAGUUGAUUAUUAGAGCCAUUGGACCAUUGAUUCUAGCCAAAAAGUUGUUUUUAAAAAAGAAAAAAAAAUAGUGACUUUAAAAAACCUAAGUCAUAUAACUUAGUCUAUAGUAUAAGUAAUAGAAUUAAACAAUUGUAUUUAGUAAAUAAAGUCAAUUUUUUGUUUAGCAUUUAUCAUUUUACACAAUGUAAUGUUACAUAAUUAAAAAUAUUUUAAUUUGGUACUAACCAUUACUGCAUACUAGAUGAACAAGGUAUAGUUUUGCAUUAAAAUAUAUUUAUAUAUUUAAUAGUAGUUACUUAGUAAAAUAGUAGUUCACAUUAUUAAUAAUGAACAUGAUAAAUAUUAUAUUGAAACUAAAAGCAUUUAUAAUCAUGACUUAGCAUAAUAAUGACUUUAAUUCAGUUUAUAAAACUAAAUAAAUUAAGUACAACAAAACUUUCAUAAAUAAUAAAUUCUUGUUCACUUUAUUAUACACAGAAGUGUGGCCUUGGUAAAUUGAUGUUAACUUUACCAAUGUUUUUUUACCCAGUGAAUAAUUGUUACCUGUUUAAAAUUUGAGUGAUCCCUCAUUUUAAUGUGUGUAACCAAUUUACAAUUAUAUUAGCUUAAUUGAUUAUUAUUUUUUUUACUGAAUAAUUUUCAUUUUUGAUGCAUGAGAUUUUUUGUUGGAGAUGUAAAAAAAUUUCAACAUAAACCAGUCUAAUAACACAUAUUUUGUCUACAGUUUUUAGAGAUCUGAAAAAGCUGAAGAUUUUUGAAAUUCCAUGUUAUUUAAUGAAAAAAAACAAGUGUUUGAUGGCACCUCUUAAUAUUAAGUAGAAUGCGUAAAUUUGUAUAUGACUUUUUACCUGUUUAGAAAGAAUUUACCAACCUUUAUAGGCUAGUGAUAGGUUUAUACUGGUAAUCGGCUAUUUAAAAAUACAUUUCUAACCGGUUGACAAUUCUAUAUAUAUAUAUAAUUUGUUUAUAAAAUAAUUUACUUUUUAUGUGUUUGCCUUAAUCACUAUACUUAAAUACUUUGGUAAAAGUUAUUUUACAUUUUUGAUAUUUUAAUUAAUAUAUCAUAUUAUAUUUGUUUGUGUUUGCAUUAUAUUAUAAAUUAUAAUAAUGUAAUUGUUUUUAUUUUUUAUAGAUAAAUGAAAAAGGUAGCGGUCUUAUUAGUCGUAUUUGUGAACAAUUGGAUUUAAUUGAGAAAGAUUAUUUUGGUUUACGUUAUGUUGAUAGUAAACGCCAAAGGGUAUUUAUAUAAUUUCAUCACUUAACUACUUAAUAUGUUUAAUUAUUAACUUAAACUUAAGGUGUUAUACCACUUCAUUUAUAUUGUAUAGAAUGAGAGCAAUUUGUCAGUACUAAUAUAAAUUUAAUUUAAUGUAAUUGACACCAAUAGGUUAACUGGUUUUAAUAAUUUAUUGAUCAAAUUAAGUAAUAUUAAGUGUACUUAAAAUAAAUAAUAAUAAUUUUUACUGAUUUUUACAGCAUUGGCUUGAACCUUCAAAAUCAAUUUUUAAACAAAUCAGAGGUAUACAAUUAAUUUAUAAUUUAUUUUUAUAAUGUAUUUUAUUAUUAAUUAUAUAUUUUACUGUAGAUAUGGAAACGGAUAAUAUUUUAUUUAGCUUUCGUGUAAAAUUUUAUCCACCAAAUCCGUUUCGGCUAAAAGAAGAUAUAACUCGAUACCAAAUUUAUCUUCAAUUAAAAAGGGAUUUAUUACAUGGACGUCUAUACUGUAAUACAUCUGAAGCUGCUCUAUUAGGAGCUUACAUAUUACAAGGUAAUACUUAACUAAAUCAAUAAUUAAUAAUAUCUAUUUAACAUGUAUUAUAUUUUUUAGCCGAGCUUGGCGAUUUUAAUCCAGAAGAGCAUAUUGAUAAUUAUGUAAAUGAAUUAAAAAUUUUGUUAACACAAACAUUGCAAUUGGAAGAAAAAAUGAUGGAUAUUCAUAAAAAUGAACUGAAGGGAAAAACUGCAGCAGAGAUGGAAACCAUGUUUUUGAAAAAAGCAUGUGUUUUAGAUACAUAUGGAGUAGACCCUCAUUCUGUUAAAGUAAAUAUAAUGUAGAUUUAGAAAAAUCAUAUUAUUAAAACCUAAUAAAUGGAACAUAUUUUUAGGAUCAGAGAGGUAAUCAACUUUAUUUAGGUAUUAAUCAUACUGGAAUAGUUACGUUCCAAGGCAGUAAAAAAAUGAAUCACUUUAGUUGGUCACAAGUUCAAAAGAUUAAUUACGAGGGUAAAAUGUUCAUUAUACAUGUCAUUCUUAACGAGGUAUUAUUCUAUAUUAUACAAUAUAUUCUAGUAAAUCCAAUGUUUUUUUUUAAAUUUUAUAUGUAUAAUAUAUAUUGUAUUGAUGGUUGAUAACUGAUAUGGUGUGGCUAUUCACGAGAUUAAUUAUUAUAUCGUGUUCAGCCGUGCCAAGUGUUGCUAUUACCAAAAUAAGUAACCAGCAACUAGUAUUAUAACAAUUUUUCACCCCUUAAGUAAGUAGUGUUGUAUCAUUCUUCAUAGCUGCUGAGCUGUAAUCAUUAAAAUAAUUGAAAAAGCUCUCAAAAAUAUACAUAUAUUUAUACAUGUAUAUUAGUUAUUGUAUUUAAAUUUGUUUAUGUAUUUCCAUGCUUCUUAGGAUCAGAGAAUAAAGGUAGUUUUGUAUAUAAAUUUUGAUUAGAAUAGUUUAAUACUGUAGGCUAUAAUAUAAUACUGCCCUGUUAAGAAAGAAUGUCAUAAUUUAAAAAAAUAUAUCAUACCAUCUUAUGUAUAAAAUCGCAAACAUUGUUUUUCAUAUUGCGGUAUUCUUUCUUAACAGAGCAGAAUAUAUAUACUCAUAUAAGAUGUAUAAAUUAUAAUAUACAUACAUUCUUGUUACUAAUAGUUAUACAUGAGUAGAAUUUGUUGCAAAUUUUAGAUUUUUUAAAUUUGUAAUAACAUUACAUUUCAUUUACUCUCUAGGGUCUUAAAUUUCUCAUAGAUAUUAUUCAAAGUAUUUAUUUUAAAUAGACAUUUUAAAUUUUGAUUCACUUAUUGGAUGUAUUAUGAUUGUAAUAUUAAAUUAAUUUUCUAUAACAUACUAUUAUCAUUCAUUAAUUAGUAUUAUAUUCAAACAAUUUUUUUAUAGCUUUUAAUCUACUUGGUGUUCGCCAAUAAUAAAGUAAUUCUUUUAGACUUAAGAUUUUAUAUAAAUUUAGUUGACUUCCUUCAAAGUAAUCCCAUUAAUGAUCAAGAAUAUUUGUUUUUAUUAACAUCUUUAAAUUAUACAUCAUAUUAUAAGUAGAUACAAAUUGGUUUAGUUUUAAAUUUUAAGGUUAAAAUUAUUUACAAUUUUUUAACAAAAGUAAAGUUAAAUUCGUUUUUCAUUUAUAAUAUUGAAGAAAGUGUUUGUUUAUCUUGGUAAAAUAAAUUUAAAUAGACACACCUGUAAAUAUAAAUAUAUAAAUCUGUAAAAAAUUGUUUCUUUUUUAGUAAACAAUUUUUAUAUUACACAGACUAUGUGCAUAAUAACCAGUAAACAAUAAUGUUACUGAUGUAAAUGCACUUUUAUUUGAACAUUAUUACAUUUAGAUCUAUGAGUAAAUUUAUUUUAAAAUUAUGUAUAAUUUAUAUUUUUAGAAAAAGCAAACUAUUGGGUUCAAAUGUCCUAGAGGUGCUUCUUGCCGCCAUGUAUGGAAAUGUGCUGUUGAACAAAUGCUAUUUUUCACGCAAGUUUUUUUUUUUUUUUUGUUACUUUUGAAGUAUUAAUCUACUUGGUUUAUCCCAAAAUUAGGGUUUAAACAAAUCUUCUAACCAUAAUAUAUUUAAAUUAUAGAUUUUCUUCAAGUUCUGAUGUUCCUCAUGUAGUUUCUGGCGGAGGAUUUUUUUCAUGGGGCACCAAGUUUAGAUAUAGCGGACGUGUUGAACGUGAAAUAUUAGAAGAUAUGUCCAUUACCAGAGAAUCUCCAUCUGUAACACGUGUUGGUAGUCUAAGACGGAAAUCAUCAAGUGAACCACCUACUCCAUCUAAUAUGGUUAUUAAUCAAGUUGGUAUGUAAAAAUACAUUUUGUCCAUUGAUGUGGUUACACUAUAAGAUUAAACAUAAAAGAAAUUACACAAAUUAAAAAACCAAAAUAAUUUUGAAAAAAUUGUAAAAUUUCAGUUUUCUAAUAAAUUUGAAAAAGUUACUACGAGGUGAGCAUUUUUGAAAACUCAGAUUCAGUAAUAAAAAUAAAUUUUGAAAAAAAAACCGGCUUAUGUCAUAAACUAGACUUGUUCUUCUCUUGUUUAUUAUUGAAAUAACUAAUUAUCAUAUUUUGUUGAAACUGUUUAUUAAGUAUGAUUUUUUAAUCACAUUGUUGAGAAGUUUGAUUUGGAACUUUACAAAAUUAUGUGUUAAAAAUGUCAGAUAAUAACCUUAAUUACAUUUUAAAAUAUCUUUCCAACUGAAUUUUUCUUUCUAAAAUUAUGUAGAUAAAAAAAACAAUUUUUGUAAUCAUUGUAUUACUAAGCUAUUACUGAUUUUUAACAAAUUAUUAUUUGUAUGCAAUUAUUUUACAGCAGGAUUUAAUAGUCUUCCUCGGUCAUUAACAAAUACCAGUGAAGAAUAUAGUACAUCAAUAGAUUCAUCCACGCAAAUUGAUAACUCUUCAGUUUUAGAGACAUUAUUGGAGGACCAAGAAAUAAUAACACCAAAAAGUAAGAUAUAGUUUUAAUUUUUGUUUUCUAUAUAAUAUUUACAUUAUUAGAUAAGGAUAAAUAACAAUAAUAAUAAUAAAAAAAAAAAAUCAGUUAUGUUUAUAAUUUUAGAAUUAAAAAUUAUUAUGAAUUAUAAUUUCUUAGUUGAACAAGAGGUCAAUCAUGAAGAAAUCUUGAAUAAUGAUCAUUUACUGAUUGGUAAGUGUCGGGUAUUGGGUCGUAUUAUCCUCUUGGUUUAAUUUCACCAUCAUAUUUUUACUCAUUAUAACUAUUAACUAUAUGCACAUGGAUAUGUUUGGUAAUCAUUUUUUUACUAAAACGAAUAAAUAACUCACCACAUUAUAUUUGUAUCAUGUAAUAUAAUAAAUAUUAUAAAAUAAAUAUUAAUACUUCCCUGGUUUUAUUAUUAAUCUAUAACAUUUAAAAUUUCCAAUGUCCUAUGUUUUUAAUCUUAACUAAUACUAGAAUUAAUUAUGGCUUUCAACCAAAUUUAAGUAACAUUAAUUAUGAAUAUUAUCAAUCAUGGUAUAAUUAAUACAAUUAAAGUUGUGGUGAACAUCAUCAUUUGGUUCUUAACACAAAAAUUUAGAUUUUCCGAGGUACUUGUUGCAUAAUAUUGAAUAGCUUGUUUUCAAUAAACUUCACUUCUAGUAAAUUGAAUAUACCUGAUACAGUCAAAGUAGUACUAAUUUUACUUAAUAAAGGACAUUUACAUUCUAAAAUGACGAUAGAAUAGAGUAAAAAUAAUAAUGUAAAUAAUAUUUAUUAAUUAUUAUAGUUUAUUUCUUUAGAAUAACAUACAUUUAUUUACUAUAAUGAGUCAAGUUAAUUUGUAUAAUCAAUAUAAUUAUUUUUUAUUCUUUGCUAAAAGUAUUAUGCCACUAUUGAAAAAAAUAUGUAUAUUUUUACUAUCAAUGUCAGUAUUUGCACACAUUGUUUUUAUUAAAUGUAUAUAUAUAUAUUAUUAUUAUUACCAUUAAAAUAUAAUAAUUUUUAAAUAAAUUUGUGGAUUGUAUUGUCAGAUAGUUGUUAUAUAAACAUUCAAGGAGUAGUCUUCUUAUUGCUUACUCUCUUAGAUAACAAAUACAAUUUGUUUUGUUUAUUUAAAACGCUGGGAAAAAUUUAGCUAUUAAUUAUAUUAUUCACUAUAAAUAAUGUAAACAUUAUGUUGUUUAUGCUUUUAUUUAAAUGAUAAUGCCACUAUAUUACUUACUUAAAAAUAAAUAAGUAAAACAAAUUACAUAAAUUUGAUUGAAUUAUUUUAAAUUUAUAAAUCGUAAUUAUAAUCACAUUUAAAAAAGAUUAUGAAUUGUGUAAAGAAUUAAAGUGUGUAUGCUUACCAAUUGUGUAUCUAAGAGGGAAAAAUAGGAAAUUUGAUAACGCCCAAGAAGUCUCUUGUUUUCAUAAUAAUAAAUAGUUAAUAUAUUAUACAUAACAUUCCUGAACAUAUUUACCACUGAUGCUUACUUACAUUUCUUUUUACUAUUUUUGUCAUUGUUCUGUUAUUUUCAAGAAAUUUCAAUAGGAAAUUUAUUUUGAAUGUGUUCUUUAAAAUAAUCUGAAUUUAUCACAAAUUAUUAAUGAUGCUACAAGAAACUAUGUUAACGACUUAAUGUCACAAAGAAGACUUCAAUGCAAAAACUAAUUAAAUCUUCACACUGCUUUAAAUUUAAACAAAAUAAUUUUAUUAAUUGUAAUUAUGAAUUUCGAGGGUCUGCGCUAAAAAUUGAAAACCAAAUAAUUGUAAUCAUUACAAAAUGAUAAGAAGUAAAAUUACCAUUUGAUUGGUGAUCUAUAUAAAAUACAAUUUAUUUUCAUUAUUUUGAAGAAGUUGUUUUAUAAAUGUAUUUAAAUAUCAAAAAUCCAGUUACCAUUUUUUUCAGAAGUUCAAAUAUUGUUGAAAUUAUAGAAAUUGCGUCAUUUUACAUACUAUUUUUCAAUUUAUAUGGCGUAAAUUUUUUUGGUUCCAUAAAAUUUGAUCUGGAAAAAUACAGGCAAUUUUUAUUUGUUUAGUAGUUCAAUUAUAAUAUAAAUUAAUACAAUUUUGAAUUUAAGUUUAUUUAAAUAUUUUAAUAUUUCAAGUGAAUUUCACUCUGAAUUGUUUUUUGUUACUAAUGAUUUAUUGUUGCUUACAUAUAUUAAUUAAAUACUCUAUAUAAUAUCCUAUUUUUAGCAACAAACAAAAUCUAAAUAUAAGUUAUAAAGCAAUUUAACCCUUCUAGUUGCUUUUGUUCAUAGAAAUUAGUACAUAUAAAGUUAUACAUUUGUGUUUAUAAUAUUAACCAGAGAAGUAGAAGUUUCUAUUCAAACAAAAUGUGCAAAAAUAAAUUUAUGGAUUUCCCCCCCAAAAAAAAUUACCAUUUGUGUCUUUUAAUUUGUCCAGUAGAAAAAAGUGAAUCCAAUUAAUUAAAUGUAUUAGUAUUUUUUUUAUUGUUGAACACAUUUUUAGUGUGAAAAAAAUAUUUUAGACUAAAUUGAACUAUUUUAUAUAUAUAUUUAUUCAAUUUUGAAUGUAAUUCUAUGGUUGAAUGUUAUUCAAGAGUCCUUAAAAUUCUUGAUGCUAUUGUUUUUUUUUUAAAUAGUAUAUAAUUUUGUCUAGUUUUAAUUGUAUAAUAUGAAUAGAACAAGAAAUAAAUAUGAUGAAUCAUAAUUACCUUGAUGCAAAAUGGUUUAAGAUGAGAUCCGUUUAAUUUAUAAUUGAAUGUAGAUUUCUCUUAAUCCAGCUAUGUGUGAUUUUUAACACUUUGAUCGCUGAUUUAUUAAGAUUUUUAAUUUAACUUACCUAUCAUCAUCGUCAUUAUCACAAACAGCUUAAGGGGUCAUUGAGGUCCAAUGCUACCAUCACACAUUUAUUCUACUCUUCUCUAUUGUAUGUCCAUGGCUAUCUGAACCCCUUGAAGUAUUUUUAGAUCCUUCAUGACAGAGUUCCUCCAUAUUGUUCUGGGUCUGCCUAGAAGUCUUUUUCCUCUCAUUUCUGCCACCAGUGCUUGUUUAGUAAUUUGGCCAUCAGCCACUUUCCCAACGCCAACAAUAAUUUAUACUUUUUUUCAGUUUUAAUUGUAUAAUAUUAAUAUAACUAGAAAUAAAUAUGAUGAAUCAAAUUACCUUGAUGCAAAAUGGUUUAAGAUGAGAUCCGUUUGAUUUAUAACUGAAUGUAGAUUUCUCUUAAUCCAGCUAUUUGUGAUUUUUAACACUUUGAUCGCUGAUUUUUAAUUUUAACUUGUCUUUAAAAAAUUACAUUAACAUAUUAUAUAGUAUUCAAACUAUUCAUAUAAUACACAAAAGUAUAUUGUAUAGGUAUUUAAUAAUUAAUUAUUCUUAGUAGUUGGUUAGUAAGUAAUAUUGGUUAAUUUAUUCAGUAUGUAAUGUGUAUAUAAUAUCAAUAUAUCAUUAUUAUUUAUUUAUAAGUAUUAAUGCAAUGCUUAUUAAAAUAAAAAAUAGUAAUAUAAAAAAAAUGAUGUAGUUAUUGUAUAAAGUUUGAUUAAUUAUAUAAAUUACAUUUGAACCCGUUUAGAAUGCUCUCACAGGGACCACUUACAAAUAACGUAUUAAUUGGGAAAUUGUAUCAUGCGGAAUACCAAUAAUUAAAAAAAUUAUAUAUAUUAUUUUAUAUUAUUUAUAUUUAUAUGUAUUUAACAUUACCUACUUUAAAAAAUUAUAGAUUUUUAUUUGUUUCAUAUAUUUGAUGUUUUUAGAAUAGAGGAAGUUAUUUAAAUGGUGUAAUGUUUGGUCAAUGUUUUGUCAAAAAAUCAUGUAGUCAUAAACUAGGGCCAUGCCCAAUGUUUGUGAUGUAUCAUAUCUUGUUGUGAAUAUUAUCAUCUAAAAAUGAGCGAUAUAUGAUUAUAGUCUUUGUUUAUAGUUAUUUUUAGUCAUUAGUAGAGAUAUUUCUAUGCAUUCUAUAUUAACAUCAUUGACAAUGAAAGCGUUUUAUAUGAGAACAAAGUGUGUUAUUCAGAGUUAAUUAUAUAUUGAAUGUUGUCAAAAUCAAUAGACUCGAAAAUAUGAGUACUUAAGAUGAUAAAUCUUCUUAAACGGGUUCUACUAUAUUAUUUAAUCAUCAAUCAAUAGUUCACAUAUCUCAAAAAAUUCUAUAUUUUAAUAAGUAGUGUUCAUUUGAAUGUUCUGGAUGAGACCAAAAUCAAACUUUAUACAAACCCAAAGUAUAGUUUUUUUUUAUAAGUAUUAUAGUAUUCAAAAGAGUUCAAAUUCAGAGUUUUGUUUUUAAAUGAUAUAUAAAUAAGUUAUAUGCAAUUACAAUAUACAUAUUAUGUUUAAAAAUUAUAUAAUAUUAUUGCUAUUAAUAGGAAUUCCAAGAUGAGUAUAUAAUAAUGUAACACAUAUUGAAAUCUAUAAUAUUACUAGAACUCAAUAAUACAAGUCUAGCCCAUGUUUCAGUUUAUUAAUUAAUGCUAUAUUUAAAAUAAAAAUAUUGAACCAUUUAUCCAAUAAUAUAUUAUAGAUAUACAAUAAUAACCUUUGUGCAGAUACCUAACUAUAUUCAUAUUGUUUUUAAUACCAAUAUCAUUUAUUUUUAAAUGAAUUACCUACAUUUUGGUUUGUUUAAUUUUCAAAUUUCAAUCAUUGUUCUUACUAUUGGUAUUUUAUUAAAUUAAAUAUCACUCAUAUUAAGCUUUUUAACCAAGGAUUUUGACCAAAUUUCAAAACUGGACAAAUAUUAAAAAGCUAGAAUUAAUUAUAAAAUCUGUGAAAAAGGUUGCUCAAGGCAUUGAUUUAUAAAUUAUGAGCAACAAAAAAAAUUCCCUAAAAUCAUUGAAAUGGUCAGUAUCUAAAAGGUUUGGAAACAAAUAAAUGGUGACUUAUACUUUAAAAAAAAAAAAAAUAAUAAAGUAAGUGUUUUGAUAGUAUUUCUGCAGACAAAUGUUUAAUUUUAAUGUAUCUUAAAUUAACACAUCUACAAUGCUUAGUACAAUUUGUUUUACUUUUUAUUUGGUUAAUACAUAUAAUUCAAAAACAAUUUAUUGAAAUUUAUUUUAUUUUAUAUUGAAUUAAAAUACAUUCAAUAUAUUGGUGUUAUAUGUACACAAAUAAAAAAGCUUAUUAUUAUUAUUACAGCUUCAGCUACUGUAAUAUAUUCCCUAAUACUUAUAAUAACUAGUGCUAACUAUAAAUAUAAUUUUUUUUUAGACUUCACGGUAACUGACGGGGCACCAUUAAUCCAAUCUAUUCCUAAUCAGCUAUCUGGUCAAAAACAUUUAGAAACUACAGCAAUUCGGAACAGUGGAUCGAGUUUAUCAUUUAUGCGACAGAAGUUAUUGCCAAUUGUAUUUGGAUUGUUUUUGGUGUUUAUGAUUAUAGUUAUUGUUUUAGAAUCUGAUUUACCCAUUAUGGUUACCAUCAGAAAAGCACCAGAAAUUGCUGCUUUUAAGCAGAAUUACUAUGAACCGAGUAAAGACUUUUUAAUGCGACGUUUUAUUGGGUCAAAAAUUUUUUAACAACAUAAUAAAAAUUUUUAAAACUUUUUUUAUAAUCACUUAACACUUGUGGGUAGAAAAAUUAGAUUUACAUUUGUAUUUAUAUAAAUUUAAGGUGGUGGAAUUUAUUAGUUAUUUGAAAUUUUAACUAUGUGUGUGCUCAACGUUUUAAUGACAUAAUCUACAAGAUUUCGAUCAAAUUUUAGCAUUUACAUUUUUAUAUAAUAUAAUUCACCUAGAUUUUUGCAUUCGUCUAAUCAAAUUUAUUAUCUUAAAAGAAUGUGUGUUUUUAUGGUAAUCUUUAAGCUUUCACAAUUAAAAUAAUGCCUUUUGUGUUUUGAUUAUCAGUUAAUUGGUGUUGUUUACGUGUUGUAUCAAGUCUUAAGAAUUUUUUAUAUGGUGCCUCACAAAUUCAUAUGAACCAAUUCAUUUUUGAGUGCACUACUUUUGGAUUUUGGUACUAUUUAUAUGAAAUAUUGGUGCUUCAAUUUAUAGUCAAGUUUAAAAUAUAGUAUAUUUCCAAAAUACUUCAGAUUUUUUCAUAACUGAAUAAGUACAUUUUUUCAAUAAUUUUGUUGAUCAAAGUUUGAAAAACAUAUUCAAUCAAAUGUAUACAUUUUAAUAUAUACUAUACUAUAAAUUAUAUUUUGGUGUUUUUAAAAAAAAAAAUUAUUUAUUUUGUUUGGUUUAUUUUAAUUUUAAUUUUUUGGAUAAAAUGAAUAUUAACUUAUUUCUUAUUCAUUACCUUUUGUUUAUCGUGUGAAAUCCUAUCUAUUGUCACUUUUUAACGUGAUUCUUAUUUUAAGUCGUAUAUUAUUUAUUUACAAUGUAUACUAUAAUUAAUGAAAUUUCAAUACCUAUGUCGAGAGGUUUUUUAGUUAGUUUUAAAAAAUUAUAUCUUUGUAGUAUGAUAUUUGGUAUAAAAUACUAGUCAUUUAUAGAUAAGAUGAUAUUAUGUAAUUAUAUUUCCAAUUAGACAAAUUGACACUUAACUUUAAUUUUACAUUUAACCAAAAAUCAAUAAUACAAUACAGUACCUAUAAUAAAUAAUAUCUAUUGCUCUUUAUAGAUAUUUCCCAAUCUGUUCCCAAAAUGUUUUCUUUAAAUUAAUGGCAGAAAAUAAUUUUUAUUUUAAAAUAAUAGUUACCUAUAUUAUAAUCUCGAAUCUUGAAUAUUCCUAUCAUCUCAUCAGUUAUUAAAUUCCAUUAAUACUAAUAUACAUUGAUAAUAAAUUAACAAUAUUUUUAUUCAUUAAUUUUAUUUAUACUUUAUGUUACAUUCUAUUUUUGUUGAACUUUGAUUCAAAUUAGUUAUUAAUUAUUGAAGAUUAAAUUCAGGUGUUGGGUUAAAAUUAUAAAAGUUAAAUAAAUUUUUUUUUUUUUACUCAUACAAUUUUAGGUUUUUGGUAAGGAGAAACAUAAUUUUUAAUUUUUUAAUACUAUUGUAUUUUUUCCAUCCAAAACCUACAUAUCACCAUUAUUUAUUCCGGCCGAUUUGAUAUACUAUUCAUUAUUAUAGUUACCAAACAUUCCAAUUUUACUAUUAACAGAUCUCUAAAAAAAAAAAUUUUACAAAACAAAGACCAAAAUGGUUUACCUCAAUAAUUUGUUUUUAAAAAUUUAUUAUUCAUGUAUUCACUAAUCAUUACAAACAAUUUAUAACUAAUGCAUAAUAAUAUAUAAAUAUGUAUAUAUAUAUAUAUUAUUAUUAUAACUAUUAUAACUAUUACUAUUAUUACUAUUAUUAUUAUUAUUAUUAUUAUUUUAUUAUUAUUAUUGAUAUAAACCACUAUUUUUCUACAUUUUUGUACUUAAAAUUCUUUUGGUGGCUUUGUUAUUUAUCAUGAUUUUAUUUUUAUUUUAUAUUUGUUAUUAAAAACGUGCAAUUUUUAUAUAAAUGUAUUUUAUAAUUUUAUUUAAAUUAUUAUUCUUUUUAUAUGAAUUAGAUUUGGAUACCACAGUAGUUUGGCUUGUACUUAAUAUUUAUACUAAAAUAUAGAUUAUAUUCCUUGAAUUUAAUAGAAUUUUAACAAUAAAUACUGUGUUUCUAGACAUUUUAAAACAUUGAAAUGAUAAUACAAGUACUAUAAAAAAUAGUUUAUUAUUAAUAAAUAAAUAAAAUUAGAUUAACCAUUAAAUGUUGUUUGUGAUCUCUGCUGCAUAGCAAUCGCAAACUUUCUUGACAAGUAUAUUGAGGGUUUGCGAGAGUUGGAGAAAUAAAAACAGCAAUGUUUCUAUCAUUUGAAAAAUUUAAUUUAAUAAAAUAUGGCUAUUUAUUUUGUAAUCUUAAUGUAAUCAAAUAAUUAGCUUUUCAUUUAUAUACCUACCUAAUUAAAAGCUCCUGUGCACUUAUGUAUCUAAAUUAAUAUUUAUUUAUAAGUUCUAAUAUAUAAUUAUAUUCUAAUUUAAUAUAAGUACACAUUUUAUAUUCUGUUUGUUUUAACAAUUUAAUUCCUAUUUAUUAGCUUAAUUUUCAUAUUUGUUUUUUAAUCAGUAAUGUAUAUACAUUAUUAUGAGUAUAGGUAUGAAUGUAGGUAUACUUAUAUAUUAUACUAAUGAUUAAUGAAUCUGAUUUAAUUAUUCAAUUAUUUAAUAAUUCAAUUCAAUUUCAUAACAUAAUGUCAAUUUUGAAAUUUUUGUUUCAAAAAUAAAAAAAAGUUAAAAAAUUUUUAAUAUACUUAAAUUUUAUUUAAAAUAAUAUACUUCUAAGAUAAAAAUAUGAUUUUAUUUUUGUACAGCUGAUUUUUCAAAAUUAUUAAGAUGAAACAUGUUAUAACCUUUAUUCUAAAUGAAUACUACAUUUUAUAAAAAAUAUUGUUAUUAUCAUAUUCUUAUGUACCUAAUAUAAUAUUUAUUUCUUAUAAUAUUAGAAAAUUAAAGUAAAUGUUAAUUAGAUAUUGCAUGUGAUUCACACAAAAAGUAAGCAUACUAAUGCAGAUACUUAAUUAGAGCGGAAGUGUAGAAUGAAUAUAUUAUUAGUUAUGUGUACAAAAUUCUUUGUAUUUUUUCAUUAAACAAUCCACUGAUAAGCCCUCUGCUCUCGCUAGCCCUCUUUUUGAAAACUGUGUUAUUCUAGUCUUGAAUACUUUAAAGCUUAUAAUGUUAGUUUAAUAAGAUUUAAUCACACUAUUGUAUUUUAAUUUUCCAGACACUGAAAUUUGAUGUUAUGUAAUAAAAAUCAAUACUGUUUACUAUAUUCUGUAUGAUUAUAAUAAUAUCUUACUUAAUUUUGUUCUUAAUUAUUUGUAUUUUUGUUUCACAUUUGAAUACAAAUCAAUAAUAUUGUUUUAAUUUAAUAUUUUGAGAGUGUUGGUGAAUUCAA